AUAAAGGCGCCCGUUGCAGCAGCCAUAGCACUUAGAAUCCCAGGCGCAUAGCGCAGAGACCAUCUGUAAAGAAGGGUUUUGUUUAGUUGUUAGCGACAACGUCAAAUUUUGUCAGCGACAACGUCCGUAGACCUUUGGAAAAGUAGUUUUACUUGUUUUAAAAAUGCCUCUAAAUCAAAAAUCUCGAGUCAUUCCAAAUCCAAAAAAUUCAAUGGCUGCUCGCGCUGAGGCAGCCGACCGUCCACACGCUGCCGUGGGGUCAAACUAUUUGUUUCCUGCUCCUACUUUAAAUUCUUCUGUGCGCCCGCAGGUGGAAAUAAUACGAAUCACAGAAGAUAUUUUGGGUGCCAUUGAUGAAUUGGAGCUCACGCCGCAGAAUCAGGCUGCACUGGCUCCAAAGGUUACCCAAAAGAUGAACUUUCUACCACACCAAGCAGUGUUCAAGGGUUUGGUUUCUCUAAAUGUCAACGACUCGAUACUGCCGCCCAAGAAGAUAGCACGCAAGCCGUCAAAGGGCCAACACUCCAAGGAGAAUAGAGCAAAGACAGUAGAGCCGGAACUUGAGGACUACGUGCAGCCAAUAGCGCCCAAACAAUUGAAUAUACCCGAGCCUGAGCUUCAUUUGGAGUUUAAACCCGAACCGUUCAACUUUCUCGAGGCGUACAAGAAACUCUUCAAAUAAAGUUGUAAUUUAUUUUACGAUUCAUUAAUAUAUGCGAAUGGUAGCAGUACAAAUGUUGUUUUCGUCCAUUUAACCAAUAAAAUUCAUAACAACCAAAUGCAGAAUCACAUGGGCAAAGAUGAAGUCAGCAAAGCCGCGCUCCGGUGAGAUGCCUGCGAAUACGGUCUUGUUCUGCGGAUUGGCCUGGAGACGGAGACACACUCCCAGGACGAAGCAGCUGACGGUACUGAUGAAGCCGGACAGGAACGAGUUGAACGGGAAGGUGCCCACCAGGCAGCAGUAAACAAACUGAAUGAUGCCGGUCAGCAGAAUGUAGCACAGGUAGAUGUCCACCAGCUUGAGUUUCUUUGUCGUGUUCUGCACAUAGUCGUUGUAGAACUUCGAUAUGACGCCGGUGAUUUCGACCACCAUCUUUCUGCCGUUUUUAAUGUAUUUAUUACGGGAAAUUGAGGCGAAAAAUUCGAAAA